AUGCAAGGAGAGAAAACAUCAAAGGCUUCACUCAAAAUUGAAGGCUGGGCCAGGAGACAGCUGCUGCCUGCAAAAUGCACUCAUGCACUAAGACUGUCCUGCCCCUCAUGCACUGCUAUAAAAGCCAUCACUGUGCCUCUCUCCCUCACACCCUUCUCCACACACCUUCUCCACACCCUCUCUUCCAGGGACCCUCCACUCCACUCCACAGCCAUGGCCUGCUAUGAUCUCUGCAGCCCCUGCGCACCCGCCCCGCUGGCCAACAGCUGCAACGAGCCCUGCGUAAGGAAGUGCCAGGACUCCACCGUCGUUAUGCAGCCUCCCGCCGUGCAGGUCACCCUGCCAGGACCCAUCCUCACCUCCUUCCCCCAGAGCACUGUGGUCGGAUCCUCCGCAUCGGCUGCCGUGGGCAGCGAACUCAGCUACCAGGGAGUGCCCGUCGCCAAUGGGGCCUUCGGCUAUGGCUAUGGCUACGGCUUGGGAGGCCUGGGCUGCUAUGGUGGCAGAGGUCUGGGCUGGUUCGGUGGUAGGAGAGGCUGCUACACCUGCUAAGGGCUCUCACCACUGCCCCUGACACCGACCAACCCUACCCUGGAAGCCACACCACGGAUUGAGGACUCACCUCCCAGCCAUGGGUGGCACGUGGAGUCACCUUCCACAUUUCCUCUCAAGGCACCAAGCAAGAAAGGAGGGAAGGGGCCAGGCUGGGUUGCCUGGAAUCAUUGCCCAUGUACCUCCUCUUCUCGCACUUUCUUCUUAACAUCUCUCCCUCUGCUAUGUCCUGUGCUCUAUGAUGCAACAACAAAUUCUCACAAGUUCAAGACCACUAGCAACAUCCAGCAUGCUGCUCCCCCUGCCGGGUAAGAAGAUCUUUGUGCUCUCGUGAGGUGUGUCUCACAGAAGGUUCUUCAGCUGAUGAUCACUCUACUUGCAUGUCAGACUGGGUCCCUUCCACUUGGCACUCCUGCCUUCUUGCUCUUUUUUUUUUUUAAUUCUCCCUCAAUAAAG